AUGUAUGAGUCGUGUUCUGUUUAUCAGGUCCGCAAGAAAAUUAACUUUGGUCCUGGCAGGGAAGAUUGGGGACUUGCAGAAUGGCUUGUUAAAAGCCUUGGGCAGACUCGAACGGAUGAAUUUCUGAAGUUACCGAUAACGCAAAACCAUAUGAAACCUUCAUUCCACAACAAUCGGUCAUUCCUACAGAAGGUCAAUAAGCUGCCGCACGGACCUGCCUGGAGUUGCAAGAAGAAUGGCCAGUUGCUGCAUGAGGAUGUUGAGCUUUGGAUGCGUGACCCUGUGGAGUGCAUCAAGGAUCUUAUCGGUAAUCCUUUAUUCAAGCAACAUAUGGUAUACGCACCAUCACGAGCGUACAAGGACAAAGCAGCUGAUUGGUGGUGGGACAAGCAAAAAGAACUGCCCAAAGGAGCGACCUUAGCUCCCAUUAUCCUGGCUUCCGACAAGACAUUGCUUAUCCCAAUUUCGAGGCGACAAAUCUGCAUGGCCCUGUUUACCUCCACGAAGCUCAACUGCUUCACCUCUGAUGAAUGUUCCCUCACCGGAUACCGACUAUUUCAUCACUGUUUGUCCCUGCUGCUGGAGCCACUCAUUGUGGCUGGUCAGGAUGGUGUAGACAUGGUUUGUGCUGACUCACUGGUUCGACAAGUGUACCCCAUACUUGCCGCCUAUGUUGCAGACUUCCCUGAACAGUGCCUGGUCGCUUGCUGUAAAGAGAACCGUUGCCCUAAAUGUUUGGUUGCAGCUGAUGAGCGGGGCAACCCACUGAAUUCAUUGAUGAGAGACCUGGAUUCGACAAAGGAGACGCUGGAGAGAUGGAGGAGUGGUCAGCACCCUGGAGAAUUUGAUGAGCAUGGGCUGCGUGCCGUGUAUAAACCUUUCUGGGCAGACUUACCCCACACAGACAUUUUCAUGGCGUUCACACCAGACCUCCUUCACCAACUGCACAAAGGGGUCUUCAAAGACCAUCUCGUCAAAUGGUGCCUCGAGAUUGUGGGCGAAGACGAAAUUGACGCACGCUUCAAGACCAUUCCGGACUAUCCCGGUCUUCGUCAUUUUAAGAAAGGUAUCUCCAGCAUCAAACAAUGGACAGGAACUGAGCACAAGGAGAUGCAACGCGUUUUUGUGGCACUAAUUACUGGUGCAGUCCCAAGUCGAGUUGUCACCGUCGCACGGGCCAUAUUAGAUUUUUGCUAUUAUGCACGACUUCAGACACAUACAAGCGAAUCCCUGGACGGCCUUGAGAAUGCACUCGCAGUAUUCCAUGCGCACAAGGACGUGUUGAAGGAACUCGGAGUUCACGAGCAUUUCAAUAUUCCAAAGUUACAUCAAUUGUCUCACUACGUUCAAUCAAUCAAAUUGUUUGGAGCUGCUGAUGGAUUCAACACCGAACUUCCCGAGCGCCUGCACAUCGACUUCGCUAAAGAGGCUUACUGUGCAAGUAACAAGCGUGACUACGAGGAACAAAUGGCAUUAUGGCUUCAACGCCAGGAAGCAAUCUUCUGGCGGACCUCUUACCUCGAAUGGUUGGCUGAACGUGCUGCUCAGUCAGAACAUGAAUUUGACUAUAACUCUGACUCAGAUGCCGAGAACGAAGACUUCAACUUGGUGCCUGUUGUUUCGCAAGAGUUAGUUCGUGUUCUGGCAAAGACACCUCUGCACCCUCGGCAAUCUGUUCUACAUCUUGAAACUAUACAUGGUGCCGUCGAUUUUCUGCCUGCCUUCAAGUCGUUUUUACAGAAGCAUCUGCCACAUAAUCGCAUUGUGCCUGGCUAUCAAGACCGUUUUGACGUUUUUCAACAAGUCGUCGUCAUCCUUCCCCCCGACCUUCGUGUGUCCGAGUUACCCAAGUGCCUGCGGGUGAGGGCAACUCCUGCACUGGGUUCCCCUGCACGAUUUGACAUGGCAUUGAUUAGUACUGAUGGUGUCCAAGCAUCGAAGUUACUCACCCUGGAUGAGCCAGACCAGUUGUCUGGUCUGCGCCAAGUCUCACGUUCGACUCGUCAGUUGCGUCGGAAUGCGGCCAUGAUACAUGUUGACGAAAUUAUUCGUCCAUGUCAUCUAAUCCCAAAGAUGGGUCAAUCGGUCAACCCUGCAUGGACGAGCGCAAAUGUGUAUGAGUUGGCGAGUGAGUUUUACUUGAAUACAUUCAUUGACCUCGAGAGUUUUUGUAUGUCCACUAUGAUUACUUAG